UAUCACUGCGCACCAGGCACUGCACAGGUGGCGUCAGCACCCUUCUGGUGAGCGAGCGCGCCGCUGUUUUUGCGUGACCUGAUUGGAGAAUUAGACGGGGCCGCUCUUCCAUCAGCUCCGUAUCUACCCGGUAACCCGGUCCACUCACACAAUCAUUCAGACCACCCCACCACACCCAAUUUCCCCGCUACCGGCAUCUACAAUCGUCCACCCGAGUCGAUGCUAGCUGGAAAAAGAAGAGCAGAAAUUAUGUCGGUCUCGGUGGCGUUCAUUGGAGUGCUGAUGCUUCAUUUGGUCUCCUCACAGAACGAGCCUUCCAUCAACUCGUCGGACCACAUCAUGCUGCCCACUGAUCACCACAGCCUGCCCAUCACUUUGCAGUGCAACCUAACUUCAGCCCACAGUGCCCACAAGGAGAGCUUCUGGAUGAAGAAUGGGGAGGAGAUCCAAGAGACCCGCGGAGAGAGAGCCAACACUGAGUACUACCUGAAGAAGCCCCGAGGAGAGGAUUCAGGGGAGUACAUGUGUGUCUACACCUUCGAUCAGGCCCCGUCUGCUAACGCCACCAUCGAGAUUAAAGCUGUUCCUGACAUCAUAGGCCACAAGCGUAGUGACAAUAAGAAUGAGGGCCAGAAGGCCUUGCUAUACUGUAAGUCCACUGGCUACCCCUACCCUAUCUGGACCUGGCGCAAACUGGACAACGGGUUCUACAUGGACAUCAACAACUCCUCCGGCCGUUUCUUCAUUAACAACAAAGACAACUACACUGAGCUGAGCAUCAUCAACCUGGACAUCGACUCCGACCCGGGGGAGUACCAGUGUAACGCCACCAACAUGAUCGGCACCUCGUCCAUCGUGUCUGUGCUGCGGGUCCGGAGCUACCUGGCCUGGCUUUGGCCUCUGCUGGGCGUCCUGGCCGAGGUCGUUAUCCUGGUCGUCAUCAUCGUGGUCUAUGAGAAACGCAAGAAGCCAGACGACAUACAAGACGAUGACGAACCAGCUGGACCCAUGAAAACUAACUCCACCAACAACCACAAAGACAAGAACCUUCGUCAGAGGAACACAAACUGAGCAGAUUGAUGUCUCAUUAUUAAUAAUAACAUAUUAUACAUGUAUUGACCAUAUGAAGGUAACCAGGAGAGGGAUCCAUAGCAAUGUGGUAAUGAGGAGGAGGAAGAGGAGGAGGAGCUACUGUAAAUGUCUGUAUUGUAUGAUGAGGCAUGCCUUCUGAUUUGAUUAUCUGUUUAUCGUGUGAUGGGGGUGAAGAAGGAGAUCAAUGAAUGUGAUCCCCAUAACAUUAUGAAUGGUUUACGAAGUGUCUAUGAAGCAUUAUAACCAUUGUGGCUGCAUGCAGUUAUUGAUUGUUGCUGUUUAUUUAUUUAUUAUUUAUUCUUAUCAGAUUCUUGUCAUUUUCUAUUUUUUUUAAACUAAUUCUGAAGUAACGCAUGCAAGGUAUUCUAACCUUCUGUUUGGUGUUGACAUGACAUGACUUUUUCCUCUCCGUCUCAAAGGGCACCCUAGGCCAUAUACAGUGCACUACUUUUUGACCUGGGGCCUGGGUCUCAAAUCCAAAAUGGCACCCUAGUCCCUAUAUAGUGAUCUACUCUUGAUCAGGGCUCGCAGGGUAGUGCACUGUAUAGGACAGGGGUAUUCUGACCCUACUGUAUAGGACAGGGGUAUUCUGACCUUACUGUAUAGGACAGGGGUAUUCUGACCCUACUGUAUAGGGCAGCGGUAUUCUGACCCUACUGUAUAGGACAGGGGUAUUCUGACCCUACUGUAUAGGACAGGGGUAUUCUGACCCUACUGUAUAGGGCAGGGGUAUUCUGACCCUACUGUAUAGGACAGGGGUAUUCUGACCCUACUGUAUAGGACAGGGGUAUUCUGACCCUACUGUAUAGGACAGGGGUAUUCUGACCCUACUGUAUAGGACAGGGGUAUUCUGACCCUACUGUAGGGCAGGGGUAUUCUGACCCUACUGUAUAGGACAGGGGUAUUCUGACCCUACUGUAUAGGACAGGGGUAUUCUGACCCUACUGUAUAGGGCAGGGGUAUUCUGACCCUACUGUAUAGGACAGGGGUAUUCUGACCCUACUGUAUAGGGCAGGGGUAUUCUGACCCUACUGUAUAGGACAGGGGUAUUCUGACCCUACUGUAUAGGGCAGGGGUAUUCUGACCCUACUGUAUAGGACAGGGGUAUUCUGACCCUACUGUAUAGGGCAGGGGUAUUCUGACCCUACUGUAUAGGACAGGGGUAUUCUGACCCUACUGUAUAGGGCAGGGGUAUUCUGACCCUACUGUAUGGCAGGGGUAUUCUGACCCUACUGUAUAGGGCAGGGGUAUUCUGACCCUACUGUAUGGCAGGGGUAUUUUGACCCUACUGUAUGGGACAGGGGUAUUCUGACCCUAUGAGGUCCGGAGCACUGCUGGUUUUCUGUUCUAUAUGAUAAUGAUUUACACCCACCUGAUGUCCCAGGUCUAAAUCAGUCCAUGAUUACAGGGGAAUAAUGGGAUCAUUUUUUAAAAUGAAUUUGAGGGAUAGACUUUUAGAGUAAAAGGUGCUAUCUAGAACCUAAAAGGGUUCUUCGGCUGUCCCCAUAGGAGAACCCUUUGAAGAACCCUUUUUGGUUCGAGGUAGAACCCUUUUGGUUCAUGGAUCCCAAAAGAGUUCUACCCGGCACCAAAAAGUGUUCUACCUGGAACCAAAAAGAGUUCUACUAUGGGGCACAGCCGAGGAACCUUUUGGAACCCUUUUUUCUAAGAGUAUAUAAGGAAUAGGUUCCCAUAGGGAGGAAUAGGUUCCCAUAGGGAGGAAUAGGGUGCCCUUUGAGAUGCUGGUCUGGUUUUGUUGACUUUGAGAUGCUGGCCUGGUUUUGUUGACUUUGAGAUGCUGGCCUGGUUUUGUUGACUUUGAGAUGCUGGCCUGGUUUUGUUGACUUUGAGAUGCUGGCCUGGUUUUGUUGACUUUGAGAUGCUGGCCUGGUUUUGUUGACUUUGAGAUGCUGGCCUGGUUUUGUUGACUUUGAGAUGCUGGUCUGGUUUUGUUGACUUUGAGAUGCUGGCCUGGUUUUGUUGACUUUGAGAUGCUGGCCUGGUUUUGUUGACUUUGAGAUGCUGGCCUGGUUUUGUUGACUUUGAGAUGCUGGCCUGGUUUUGUUGACUUUGAGAUGCUGCCCUGGUUUUGUUGACUUUGAGAUGCUGGUCUGGUUUUGUUGACUUUGAGAUGCUGGCCUGGUUUUGUUGACUUUGAGAUGCUGGCCUGGUUUUGUUGACUUUGAGAUGCUGGCCUGGUUUUGUUGACUUUGAGAUGCUGGCCUGGUUUUGUUGACUUUGAGAUGCUGGCCUGGUUUUGUUGACUUUGAGAGUGGCUUCAUGUUGAUAGAUAAUCAUUAUUUAUUUGUGUUGACUAUGAGAAUCUAAAGACUUUGCAAUGUAAAAGAAAAUCUGUACAUCAUUCUGCUGCAUACUAUUUUAUAAGUUGGUAACUUGUUUAACAUUUCAUCAGAUUAGAUUUGGUUUACAUUUUAAUGAGGGCUUUACAAUGUCCCCCCGUCUUUUGACUUUGAUUGAUAAUUCCUAUAUUUGACAUGUUCUGUAUGUAUAUCUUUAUGAAAUCACCUUCAUAUAUAAUGAUAUAUGAAGGAUAUUCAUUCAUAAGAUGCACUUAAGUGUUGAAAAAGAAUGGGAAUUUAAAAAAAAUCUGUAUGAAUUUCAUUCAGUAGCUAAGCAACUGAACUCCACCCAAUCCUAACCCUAUUGCUAGAGUAUGUGUAUUGUGUAUAGCAUGGCUAUUAUCCUAUGCAAUAAUAAUAAUAAUAAUCAAUAUUGAUAUUUAUAUAUAGAAGUCCCUCUUAGCAGCUUUAGAUUUUACUGAGUAAGACAUCUUUAUUAGAGUAAGGGUAAUCACCUUUAGAGCAUUUAUAGAUACCGUACUGCUCAGCUGUAUGCUGAAGGAUAAUCACCUUUAGAGCAUUUAUAGAUACCGUAUUGCUCAGCUGUAUGCUGUAUCAGUUGAUCUCUAUAUAUGACAAUGAUAUACAUCUAUACAGUGGCCUUAAGAAUGUAUUCAUAACCAUUCACUUAUUCCAUAUUUUGUUGUGUUACAGCCUGAAUUCAAAAUGGAUGACAUAUAUUUGUUUUUCUCACCCAUCUACACAGAAAACCACAUCAUGACAAAGGGAAAACAUGUUUUUAGAAAUGUAGCACAUUUAUUGAAAAUUAAAUACAGAAAUAUAUAAUUUAAAUAAGUAUUCAGUCCCCUAAAUCAAUACAUGUUAGAAUCAACUUUUAACAGUGAUUACAGUUGUGAGUCUUUCUGGGUAAGUCUCUUAAGAGCUUUGCACAUCUGGAUUGUACAAUAUUUGAACAAUGUUCUUUUUAAAAUGAUUCAAGCUCUGUCAAGUUGGUUGUUUAUAAUUGCUAGACAGCCAUUUCAAGUCUUGCCAUAGAUUUUCAAGCAGAUUUAAGUCAAAACAGUUACUAGGCCACUCAGUACCAACUCCAGUGUAUAUUUGGCCUUGUGUUUUAGGUUAUUGUCCUGCUGAAAAGUGAAUUUGUCUCCCAGUGUCUGUUUGAAAGUUUUCCUUUAAGGAUUUUCCCUGUGGUUAGCUCUACUACAUUUAUUUUUAUUUAUAAAAAAAAAAAACUCCCUAGUCCUUAACAAGCAUACCCAUAACAUGAUGCAGCCACCACCAUGCUUGAAAAUAUGAAGAGUGAUACUCAGUGAUGUGUUGUGUUGGAUUUGCCUCAAACGUAACGCUUUGUAUUCAGGACAAAAUGUUAAUUUCUUUGCUGCAGUUUUUGCAGUUUUAUUUUAGUGCCUUGUUGCAAACAGGAUGCAUGUUUUGCAAUGUUUGUAUUCUGUACAGGCUUCCUUCUUUUCACUCUGUCAAUUAGUUUAGUUUUGUGGAGUAACUACAAUGUUGUUGAUCCAUCCUCAGUUUUCUCCUAUCACAGCCAUUAAACUAUGUAACUGUUUUAAAAUCACCAUUGGCCUCAUGGUGAAAUCCCUGAGCGGUUUCCUUCCUCUCCACCAACUGAGUUAGGAAGGACACCUGUAUCUUUGUAGUGACUGGGUGUAUAGAUACACCGUCCAAAGUGUAAUCAAUAACUUCACCAUGAUCAAUGUCUACUUAUUUUUUUUAUUUUUACAAUUGACCAAUAGGUGUACUUAUUUUUGAGGCAUUGGAAAACCUCCCUGGUUUUUUGUGGUUUAAAUUGUUUUUGAAAUUCACUGCUCGACUGAGUGACCAUGCAGAUAAUUGUAUGUGUUGGGUACAGAGAUGAGGGACCUUGCAGAUAAUUGUAUGUGUUGGGUACAGAGAUGAGGGACCUUGCAGAUAAUUGUAUGUGUUGGGUACAGAGAUGAGGGACCUUGCAGAUAAUUGUAUGUGUUGGGUACAGAGAUGAGGGACCUUGCAGAUAAUUGUAUGUGUGGGGUACAGAGAUGAGGGAACUUACAGAUAAUUGUAUGUGUUGGGUACAGAGAUGAGGUAGUCAUUGAAACAUCAUGUUAAACACUAUUAUUACACACAGAGUGAGUCCAUGCAACCUAUUAUGUGACUUGUUAAGCAAAUGUUUACUCCAGAAUUGAUUUAGGCUUGGAUUAAUAAAGGGGUUGAAUACUUAUUGACUCAAGACAUUUCACCUUUUCAUAUGUAAACAUUAUAUGUAAACAUCAUUCCUCUUUUACAUUAUGGGGCAUUGUGUGUAGGCCAGUGAUGAAAGAAAUAUCUACAUCUUUUUUUAUAAAUGUUUAAUUCAACAAAUGUAACACAACAAAAUGCAGAGAAAGUCAAGGCGUAUGAAUACUUUCUGAAGGCACUGUGUAUGGGAGCUAGUGGAGGAAGCAGUGCAAAAACAGGGCCUAUUUUAUCCAUGUACGCAUUGACACUUGUAAAGCUAUGCCAAAUCAAUCCCAACGUCUAUCCCACGGUCAAGAUCAAUCUCAAGAUUAAUCCCAAGAUCAAGAUCAAGAUCAACCCCAGGAUCAAUCCCAUGAUCAAGAUCAAUUCCGAGUCAUUUUUAGGAAUAAAAACCUUUAAAAUGAA